UUAAAAGCUAAAAGUAAUGCGUGAAAAUUAAUUGAAAAUUUGUGGAAAAAAGGAAAAACAAGAAAAGUGAAAAGGAAAAUUUCUCUUAAAAAGUCUUUUUUUUUUGUAUUUUAAAAGUAAAUAAGUGGCUGUUUUAUCUUUUAUAUAUUAAAUUUUAUUUAUUCAAGUGCAUUUUACUUAACACAUUUGUAAAAGAAACAAUUAUUACUCAUUGGAUAUAUCGUCAUCAUUCCUCACACCUGAAAGUUAAAAAAGUAAAAAUUUCAUCAAAUUUUUUUACCUAAAUAAAAGAGAAAAGGUAAAGACAGGAAUAAAGAUCAUCAAUCAUCUACAAGAUAGUAUCAAAACCCCCACACAUACACACACAUAAAAAUAUAUACAUAGUCUUUUUUUUGAAAAAAGCAUCAUGAGUUAAAUGAUCUCAACAAAUAAUAAAGUAAAGAAAGCGAAAAAGAAGAAACUCUCUAUUUAAUCCACUACUUCAUUAUUACAUUACUACUUGAUAAAUUGCGUUAAUUGAAAAUAAAUUAGAGAUUCGACGGCGUGGCAACAUAAAGUCGAGAAUUCCAUGCAAAAAUUUGUAUUGUGUCUUUUGUAUGUUUUGUACAUGUCGAGAUAAUAUCUAUAAGGAAUUGAAAGUAUUAAGAAAAUCCACCAAGAAGAUAUUAUUAUAUUAAUAAUAGCAUCUAUUGAUGAUAUAGAGAAUAGAAAGGAGUUUUCAUGCAUUUUAAUUGCAUUAACAUAUCUCAUCUGGUGUGUCUAAAUAGAUUUUAGAGCUCAACCACGCAGGGGCCCAAGAAAAUUGUUAGAUUUUCUUACCUCUCGAUAUUUUACUUUAAACGAAAGUUCGAAGAUAAUAAUAACGAUAGUAGAGAAGAAAUGACUUUAAGCACAUCAGAAUCGGAGACAACAACACAUGUCAUAAAUAAUAAUAAUAACAAUAAUUCGAUAGGUAAAGGGCUUGAUACUGAGAAUUUACCGUCAUCUGAAUUAAGUUUGCUGGCCAAACUGGAAGCAGCUAAUAAACUCAUUGAGAGUGACUCUAAGUCACUCAACUCAUUGCAAUCAUCGGCACAUAGUCGAAAAAGUUCUGAUACUAGUCAAAUUAGUUUAAAUUCUGGAUCGUCAUCGGUGGGCGAAGAGGAUAUUUGGUCAAUAUGGGCUACCAUAGUGACCGAUUGGGAUACAGCCCAAAAGCGAAAAAGUCCAUCUGUAAAGGAACUUGUACGCAAGGGAAUUCCACAUCAUUUUCGUGCUAUUGUAUGGCAACUCUUAUGUAAUGCAAGUGAUACCGAUAAGAAACAGUAUGCUGAGUAUAUAAAAGCAACAUCAGCGUGCGAACGUGUGAUACGACGUGACAUCGCUCGAACAUAUCCAGAACAUGAUUUCUUUAAGGAGAAAGAUGGAUUGGGACAAGAAGCUUUAUUUAAUGUGAUGAAAGCUUAUUCACUGCAUGAUCGAGAAGUCGGAUACUGUCAAGGAUCGGGUUUUAUUGUUGGAUUAUUAUUAAUGCAAAUGCCAGAAGAAGAAGCUUUUGCUGUUCUCGUACAGAUUAUGAAGGAACAUCGAAUGAGGGAUAUGUUCAAACCAUCAAUGGCUGAAUUAGGGUUGUGUAUGUAUCAACUGGAAAAUUUGGUGCAAGAACAGCUGCCAGAACUCCAUUUGCAUUUUCAAUCACAGGGUUUUCAAACAUCAAUGUAUGCUUCAAGCUGGUUCCUCACACUUUAUACGACUGCUUUAAACCUCAAUCUCAUAUGCUGUCGCAUUAUGGAUGUAUUUUUAAGUGAAGGAAUGGAAGUUAUAUUCAAACUUGCACUUGCUCUACUUACAAUUGGCAAAGAGACAUUGCUUUCGUUAGAUAUGGAGGCGAUGUUGAAAUAUUUCCAAAAAGAAUUACCACAAAAAGUUGAGAGUGAUGUAGAGGGGAUGUUCAAUUUAGCAUAUUCUAUUAAAAUUAACACAAAACGUAUGAAGAAAAUGGAAAAGGAUUAUGCAGAGUUGAGAAAAAAAGAGCAAGAAGAGAUGGUUGAAUUAAGACGAUUACGAAAUGAAAACCGUUUACUGAAAAAGCGAAAUGAAUUGUUGGAAGCCGAGAGUACUGAAUUAGCCAAUAGACUUGUACGAGGUCAAGUUUCACGUGCAGAAGAAGAGGAAACGAACUAUGCAAUUCAAUCAGAACUGCUGGCACUACGACGAGCACAUUUGGAAAUAUCGCAUCAGCUUGAGACGGCAAAUGAGGAAGUUCGUGCAUUGUCAUUAAGGCUGCAAGAAAAUAAUAAUUCACGACAGAACUCAAUUGAUGAAUUGAUACAUAAAGAGGAGGCGCUUAAAGAACGUGAUGAAAUGGUGAGCUGCUUAUUGGAAGAACUUGUAAAAGUUCGUCAAGGCUCGGCUGAGAAUGAAGAUGUCAUUCGAAAUCUUAAAACGAAAAUUCAAGAACUUGAAGAAGAUAAGAAGCGAUUGCGUGAAACGACAACGGAUAAUUCAGUAGCACAUUUACAAGAUGAACUUAUUGCCAGUAAAUUACGCGAAGCUGAAGCAAGUUUAUCACUUAAGGAUUUAAAGCAACGUGUGAUGGAAUUAAGUACUCAAUGGCAACGACAAUUACAAGAGAAUAGAAAUGACGCACAACAGCACCCUGAAUCAACGCCUAAGAAGCUUUUUGGAUUACUUGAAGCAACAUCCGGAAAAUCACAUGAGCAUCAGAAAUUAGAGGAAGAACUUAUGACAACAAGAAUUCGCGAAAUGGAAACAUUGACAGAACUUAAAGAGCUUCGAUUGCGAGUCAUGGAGCUUGAGACGCAAGUUCAAGUUUCUACAAAUCAAUUGAGACGGCAAGAUGAAGAACAUAAAAAAGUGAAAGAGGAACUUGAUGAAGCCGUUGUUCGUGAGAAAGAUUUGUCAAACAAAGCUCGAGAGCAGCAGCAUCGAUAUUCAGAUCUUGAAUCUCGAAUGAAAGAUGAGCUUAUGAAUGUCAAAAUCAAGUUCACUGAACAAAGUGCUCGCCUAGCAGAACUGAAGCAAGAAGUUUCGAGAUUGGAAACAAAGAACUCCGAAAUGCAAGCCGAAGGUGAACUUCGAUCAAACUUAGAAGAAUCAGAUAAAGUUCGUGAUCUACAAGAUAAGGUUGAAGAUUUAAAGGCUGAGUUAGCAGCUGUGAGGAGUCGAGGAAAUUUCAACCAUAAUGAUAUAAAAUUCAAUAAUAAAGAAUCUUUAGAUGAUGAUGAUGACAUUUGUGAAAAUGAGAUUGAGAAGAUUUAAAGAAGUUUGAUUGAAAGUUGUUUAUUUAAAAAUGAUGGAAAUGACAUUACAAUAACUUGAUGACGAAGAGAAAUGUUUUAAUAAAUGUAGACGAAAACCG